AUGUCACUGAAUUUCACUCGUCCCGUCGUCCGUCCCUCUCAAACUCUCACCUCUGCCUCUGUUAAUUUCCUCCACUUCAGGCGGCGAUGUGUGCAUUCCCCCUUCAGUGUUGUAUGCCUCUGUUGUCCUGAUCCAUCCUCGUCGUCCGAUGUUGUCUGCCUCUAUUGUCCUUGCCCUCAGGCGGCAUUUCUCAACAGACUUGGUGGCAAUUGUAGAAAGAAUGGCGAAGGUGAAACACAAAGUGUUGGUCUUAUCUGGCACAGGUGGUGUUGGCAAGAGUGCAUUAUCUGCUCAACUUUCAUUUGCUUUGGCAACUAUGAAUUUUCAGGUGGUGUUGGCAAGAGUGCAUUAUCUGCUCUACUUUCAUUUGCUUUGGCAACUAUGAAUUUUCAGCAUUAUAAAAGACGUUUAAAAGUACAGAGAAACACCAAUUCACAUUCACCGCUAAGAAGAUCUAUGGGAAGUGCAUCAAUGGCUUCAACUUUGGUUGGAAGGCUGGAAGGUAAGGUAGCACUAAUCACCGGUGCUGCUACUGGAAUCGGCGAGUCAACCGCCAGACUAUUCGUCAAACAUGGAGCUAAAGUUUUGGUUGCUGACAUCAAUGAUGAAUUGGGAGAGAAGGUAUGCAAGGAAUUGGGACCAUCAUCAGCCUUUUUUGUCCAUUGUGAUGUAACUAAUGAAUCCGAUGUAGAAGCUGCAGUUAACACAGCAGUGGCCAAAUUUGGGAAAUUAGAUAUAAUGUACAAUAAUGCUGGUAUAGGAGGGAUACCAAAUCCAAGCAUUCUUGAAAUCGAAAAAUCAGAGUUCGAAAAGAUUAUUAACGUAAACCUUGUGGGUGCAUUUUUGGGUGCUAAACACGCCGCCCGUGUUAUGAUCCCAAAUCGUCGUGGGAACAUAAUCACAACAGCCAGUACUUGUUCGAAAAUAGGCGGUGGUUCUUCACACAAUUACGUAAGUUCAAAACAUGGGGUGGUAGGACUCACAAAGAAUUUGGCUGUGGAGCUUGGACAGCAUGGCAUUCGCGUAAACUGCGUGUCACCACACGUAGUUCCUACGCGUCAAUCAAAGGAAUUCUACAAAAUGGAUGAUGAGGGUUGCCGUGGUGUAUAUUCCGUCCUCAAAGGCGUUUAUCUUCAGCCAGAGGAUGUGGCCGAAGCUGUUCUGUUCUUGGCAAGUGAUGAGUCGAAGUGCGUGCAUGGACACAACCUUUUUGUUGAUGGAGGCAUCACAAUUGCGAAUUCCAAGUUUUCCAUGUUUGAGUAA